AUGAGUGGUGGCUCAGAGCGACACGGAGCCAACAGGCGGGCGGCUCUUAGGAGCUGCAAAGCCCCUCAUGAAAGCUUCGAGAGCCGUCGCCGCCUCCUUCGAUGCAUGGGUAACAUCGGGAUCUGUAGACCCUCUUGCAAAAAGGAUGAACAGCCCUACCUCUAUUGUAGAAAUUAUCAACCAUGCUGCCUCCAGUCCUACAUGAGGAUAAGCAUUUCUGGCAAAAAUGAAAAUAGUGACUGGUCCUAUGAGAAGCAGUGGCCAAAACUACCUUGA